GCGGCUGGGGCCGGGCCGGGCUCAGUCGGUAGGAGCCGCUCGCGGGGAUGGGGCGCGCGGGGCUGCUGAUGCUGCUGCUGCUGGCCGCGCUCGGCACCGGGGCCCGGGGCCACGAGGGGUCGGGGGAGCCCGCGGGGAGCCCCGCGCCGGGGCCGCCGGAGCUCUGCCUCUUGCCCAAGGCGGUGGGCAGGUGCCGGGCCGCCUUCCCGCGCUGGUGGUACAAUGCCACAAGCCGGGCGUGCCAGCGCUUCACCUACGGCGGCUGCGGGGCCAACCUCAACAACUUCCUGGCGGAGGACGACUGCCGGGUGAGGUGCGCGGCGGCCGGAGAUGGGGAGGACGUGAACGAGAUUCCGCAGGCCAGCCACAGAGUUGUGCAGAGUGCAGACGAGGAGUCCCCCGGGCGCGCCCAGCCGGCCAACAACACUUUCACCUACGAAGAACGCUGCCUGGCCAAAGCUGCCACCGGCCUGUGCCGUGCCUCCUUCCCACGCUGGUGGUUCGACGUGGAGACCAAAACCUGCCGCCAGUUCACCUACGGGGGCUGCGGAGGGAACCCGAACAACUACCUGAGUGAGGCCGAGUGUCUGGCCAGGUGCUCAGAGUCCUGUGCUGCGCCCCGCCUGACCGGCCCCUGCCGCGCUGCCUUCCCCCGCUGGUACUACGACCCGGCUGCGGGGGCCUGCAAGCAGUUCGUCUACGGGGGCUGCAAGGGGAACAAGAACAACUACCUGCAGGAGGAGCUGUGUCUGCGCCAGUGCAGAGGGGCUGCGGGGGGUGCUGAGGGGCCGGAGCCGGGCGUUCACUCCACCAGAGCGGUGGCCCUGGCCGUGCUGCUGGCCGUCCUCGUCGCUGUCCUGCUGGGCUCCGUGGUCAUCUUCUUCGUCUGGCUGUGCAGGAGGAGCCAGGAGCUGUCCCUGAGUGUGCCCUGGAGCCCCCUGGACGACAAGGAGUACCUGAUGAGCAAUGCCUAUACGCUGUGAGGCCGGGCGCCGGCCCAGGGGCUGCCCCUGCUCCGUGGGCUUCGGCCGCGUGUAUACAGCAGAGAGCGGCACACGUCCGGAGAGGGUGACUCGAACCGGCACGAGCCGGGUCUGUAGGAAUAUCCCUGGGUGAUAAACUCCCCGCGCCAGCAGCCGCUGCGUGUUUGUGCCCCGGCCACACGGGCGGGGCCUUCGCUGCACCAAGGGAUCUUUUUGGUGUCCUUGGUUCCACUUUUUUAAACUUUUAAACUUUUUUUUUUACCAGAAUAAUUACUGUGAAAACUGCUAGUGGCAGACACCUGGGGUCUCAGACACCUGCCCACCCAGCAGGGCCUCGCUGGGGCUCUGGUGCUGUUCCUCUGCUUAACCAGCCUUUAUAAUCUGGGGGGGUAGGGAGGGGUGUUGUCUGGUUGGGAGAGAUUUAAGUAGCCAGAUCCACAUGAGUGCUGGCCACUCACAGCCCAUGCCUGCCUGGGGUGCUGUGGGGCCCCGUUCCCUAAAGUGCGGAGCGGCCGCUGGGAGGGGCUGCUCAGGGAGCUGGUGGUAGGAUGUCCCCGGCAUGGGCGUCGUGAGCGUCGGAGGUAUAAACGCACGGUGGGUGCCCCACAGGCAGGGGGUCUGGAAUUCUGUGAGCAGCCUGCCCAGCCCCCAACCGCCCCCCUCCGCUCUGCCUCCUGUUGCCACUGAGCAGCUGAUUUGCCUGGGGGACCCCAUCUCCCCCCAGCCCUUGCCUCGCAGGCCCCGAGGCACCUCUAGGGCAGCAGUGGCUCCUGCCCCGCAGCGCGGCACACACGUGGUGCUAUGCUGGCUGUAACUUCCUGGUCAGACCUGUCCUGGCUCCAGGCACGCUGGUGCCAUGGGAUUGGGGUGGCAGCGCUCUGGGUGGGGUGGGUGACCCAACCCCUGGCCCUGAACCUGGCAUAACAACAGGGGCCAGGAAGUUCCUGGGCUGGAGGGGUCCAGCACUGCCCUGUGGGUAUCUUCACCCCCCCACCCCCCGCUUCCUAGGGAGGGUCUGAGCCGAGUCCUCCCAUGGGCCCAGCCAGGCCCCCUAGCCCAGCAGCUGUGGCUGCAGCGCUGAGAGACUGGCCGCCUGCCCCUUGGGCUCCCAGGGAGUGGGUGUGUUAGGCCCUGUUAACUCUUCAGGGCUCUGCAGCCGUGGGCUGGGUGUGGGGCUGUCACCUGCCCUCAGGGCAGCCGGAACAGGGGCAUGGGCAAGUCCAUGCCAGGGAAGGCGCCCCGUUCCUGGGAGAGCAGGGUGCUCCAGCGGCUGGUACUAACCGGAGCUCAGUGCAGCCCACGCUCCAAUGCCUUUCCAUGGCGUAAACCUCAUUGAAACACCCCAGGGACCGGCCUGGCUGGGUCUCCCCUGGGCCGGGUCCCUGGAGCGAGUUGUGUCCGUGGGGCACUCACUCCCCCACUCCAGCUCUGCCUCCGCUCGGUGUCUGACGCCAGCCGGCACCUGGGCUCGCCGCAGCCACCUGGCUCCCGGUACUGGCGGGGGUGGGCAGGGCCCGUUCUCGCGUCUGAGCCCCCUGUCGCUGGCAGUCUUUCUACAGUGUGGGGCGUGGAGCUCGCCGGGCGCUUGGCCGGGCUAGCUGUUAAAUUGGUUUUUUACACUGAGAUUUCUUUGAAUAAAGGAAAGAAGGAAA